UUGAUACAAAUAGUCCCCAUUCCAUUCCCCUAUCCACUCCAAUCGCAGGCCCCCCCUCCCAAUUUUCCUUUCCCACUUCGCUCCGCGUACUAAAAUCGCCGACCCCCCAAUCAUCAUUCUCGUAAUCAGCUUUCGCUUCGCUUUUCUCUGGGCCUUUUUAUCAAUCAGGAACAAUGAUUAAGCUGUUCAAAGUGAAGGAAAAGCAGAAGGAACUUGCUGAAAAUGCAAAUGGAAAACCUCCAGUGAAGAAGCAAAGUGCUGGAGAAUUACGUCUUCACAAAGAUAUAAGUGAACUCAAUUUGCCAAAAACAUGUACAAUAGCAUUCCCCAAUGGCAAGGAUGACCUCAUGAACUUUGAAGUUACAAUUCGACCUGAUGAAGGAUAUUACUUGGGCGGCACAUUUGUCUUCUCUUUCCAAAUUUCUCCAAUCUACCCACAUGAAGCUCCAAAGGUCAAAUGCAGGACGAAGGUUUAUCAUCCCAAUAUCGACCUGGAAGGAAAUGUCUGCCUGAACAUCCUUCGAGAAGACUGGAAACCUGUGCUGAACAUUAACACCAUUAUCUAUGGCCUGUAUCAUCUCUUCACGGAACCUAAUCACGAAGAUCCUCUUAACCCUGAUGCAGCUGCUGUGUUGAGGGACAACCCAAAGUUGUUUGAAUCGAAUGUGAGGAGGGCAAUGGCAGGUGGCUAUGUUGGGCAGAUGUUCUUUCCUCGCUGCGUAUAGUAUGUGAAGGCAACAUCUAGUUGAGAUAAAUUGCUGGUGCUGUCAGGUCAGAAGUCUGUACAUUUGGGGAAGAAACCACGUGUCAUUGGUAAUUCUGCAACAUACUCCAUGGUGCGUUGGUACAGUUCUUUGGUACUCGCAAAACUGGAACUUGCAGAUGAUGUUUGUUAAGCUGUUGUAACUUCAUCUCGCUUGUUGUUUACAAAUUUAUAAUUUGUAAUGGAUAAAUGGUUGAAUUUGGAGGAAGAUGGUACCUAUAAACGUUGUUGGUGCUAUCUUUGCUGUUUUAGUCGGUUAUGUUCCCUGUUUGGGAGCUGUGUGUCAGUUUAAUAACCAGGCAGCUAAGCAUUAUUUGAUUGAA